GCUCAACUUUUCUGAACUGCGUUGCGCCGCCUCUGCCUUUUGUUCUGUACAUACCCUUUUGAUACCCAACUUCUGCAGUUACCCCAGACCUAACAAACAUGAACGACGUAGAAGAAAUCGACCUCUACGAGGUCCUCGGCAUCGGCAACAGCGCCAGCAAAGUAGAAAUCAAGAAGGCAUACCACAAGGCUGCACUCGCACAUCACCCCGACAAGGUCGCUGUCGAAGAGCGCGAAGAGGCAGAAAUCCGCUUCAAAUCGGCCAAACAAGCUUACGAAAUCCUGUCCGACGAUGACAAGCGUCAUCUCUACGAUACCCAUGGCAUGUCUGCCUUCGACCCCGCUCGAGGCGGCGGCGAGCAACCAGACAUGGACGACAUCCUCGCGCAAAUGUUCGGCGGGAUGGGCGGCUUUGGUGGAAUGCCGGGCAUGGGAGGCUUCGGCGGCAUGCCUGGUGGGCCGGGCGGGCGAAACGUACCCAAGAAGGGUCGCAGCGUGGAGCAAGAGUACGAGGUAACACUCGAGGAGCUGUACAAGGGCAAGACGACCAAGUUCUCCAACACCAAGAACAUCGUCUGCAGCCAAUGCGAGGGCUCGGGCGGAAAGAAGGGGUCCAAGAGCCAUGAUUGCGGGGUCUGCAAUGGGCGCGGCGCAAAGCAGGUCCUCCGCCAGGUCGGCCCCGGCCUCGUCACCCAAGAAACCGUCGCCUGUUCCAACUGCCAAGGCUCCGGCCAGAUCAUCCCCGAGAAGCAGCGCUGCAAGAAGUGCAAGGGCAAGAAAGUCGUCGAAUCCAAGAACGUGCUCGAACUCUACAUCCCCCGCGGCGCACGACAAGGCGAGCGUAUCGUUCUGCAAGGCGAAGCCGAUCAGCUACCAGACCAGGAGCCCGGCGACAUCAUCUUCACCCUGGAGGAAGCCGGACACGAGACAUUCGAGCGUGCUGGCGCCGAUCUGCGCGCAAUGUUAAAGAUCUCGCUCGCUGAGGCUCUGACAGGCUUCAACAGGGUGGUUCUGACACACCUGGAUGGCAGGGGAAUUCAGCUCAACGUCAAGCAACCGAACGGCAAGGUUCUACGACCGGGCCAGGUUCUCAAGCUCCCUGGCGAGGGUAUGCCGAUGAAGCGCAGUGACGCAAAGGGUGACUUGUACCUGCAAGUUGACAUCGAGUUCCCUGAAGAUGGCUGGCUCAAGGACGACGCGGCGGUGCAGAAGGUCAGAGACGCACUGCCAGCGACGAAGGCGUCAGAUGAGAAGCAUGAGGAUGUUGAAGAGGUGGAACUUGAGUUUGAGGCUGACAUGGAAGACUUCGGCGCUGGCUCAGGCGACCCACGAGCGGGCGGUGCCGAGUGGGAAGACGAUGAAGAAGAGGAGGGUGGCCCCCAGUGCGCCACACAGUAAAAUUUCGACCGUGGACGACAGGUUGAGGGCUUCUGAUGAGAGAGAUGACAUUGUGAGCGGUAUAUGACUUGCAUGGUUUGGCGUUGGUGGUGGCUGUCCUUUUACGGACACGGAUACAGCAAGAUCUUGGAGGCAUAGAUCUAGUCACGAAACGGUCGCAC